AUGGUCCCCCAGCGGCCGCCCCUCGUACUCCGCCACCGGGAUCGACUCCACCAGCACGUCGGAGUUGCCGAACUGCUUCCUGAACGUCGCCGCCGUCGACGGGUUGAUCAUCUUCUUCUCCUCGUCCUCGUCGUCCUCGUUGCAGGCCGUCUGCAGCAGCGCCGCCUGGGUUUGGUGCGGCGGCGGAGCUUGGAGGUGAGGUGGGUCGAAGCCGUAGAGGGCGAGGCGGCGGAAGAGGCAGCCGGUGCCGACGUAGACGGGGCCUUGGAGGCCGUCGAGGGCGCGCAUGUUGACGUCGAAGAAGACGGAGUUGUGGUUGGCGUAGCGGUCGGAGGGGUCGAUGCCUUCGAACCUCUGAGGGAACUGGACGUAGCAGAGGCGGUCGCCGCCUCUGUCCAUCAUGAAGCAAAUGCCCUCCCGCAGCGCCUGCGAGUUGUAGACGUAGUGGUCGCAGUCGAGGUUGAGGAUGAAGGGGCCAUUGGACAUGACCGCUGA